AUGAAACUUGUGUCUAAAGCUGGCUACAAAAAGCCAUCUCCCAUUCAAAUGGCUGCCAUUCCUCUUGGCCUUCAGCAGAGGGAUGUUAUUGGUAUUGCAGAAAUAGGAUCGGGAAAGAUUGCUGCAUUUGUAUUGCCCAUGUUGACAUAUAUAUCAAGGCUCCCUCCUAUGACGGAGGAAAUUGAAGCUGAGGGACCUUAUGCAGUUGUUAUGGCCCCAACAAGAGAACUUGCACAACAAAUAGAAGAGAAGACUAUUAAAUUUUCCCAUUAUCUGGAUAUUCGAGUGGUUUCAAUUGUUGGAGGUCAAUCCAUUGAAGAACAAGGUUUCAAGCUAUGUCAUGGAUGUGAGAUUGUAAUAGAAACUCCUGGACGCUUGCUGGACUGUCUGGAAAGAAGAUAUGCUAUUCUUAAUCAGUGCGACUAUGUUGUUUUGGAUGAAGCAGAUCACAUGAUUGAUAUGGGCUUUGAACCUCAGGUUGUUGGAGUUUUGGAUGCAAUUCCUUCAAGUAAUUUGAAGCCUGAGAAUGAGGAUGAGGUGCUAGAUGAGAAGAGGAUAUAUAGGACAACAUACAUGUUCAGUGCAACAAUGCCAUCUGCUGUUGAACGCUUAGCUCAAAAAUAUCUUCGAAAUCCUGUUGUGGUCACCAUAGGUACUGCUGGCAAAGCAACUGAGCUGAUAGCUCAACAUGUGAUAAUGUUGAAGAAAAUGAGAAGAUGGGGAGACUUCAGAGGUUGUUAAAUGACUUGGGAGAUAAAACAACGAUUGUAUUUAUCAACACAAAGAAAACUAUAGAUUCUUUAUCAAGGCAAUUGGAUAAAUCAGAUUAU